AUGAUUAAAAAGCUAGUGCCUCAUGAGAGACAAGUUAUUGUAGCUUUAGUUAUAAACAGUUUUUAUCUUUGCAAUGUGAAAAGUUUAGAAGUGAUAGAGAUAAGUAAUCAGGAUAGGUUUCUUAAUACAAGACAUGUAGAACCCUCUAUUUAUCACGAUGAUAGUGUAUUGUUUAGAGACUUUAAGGAAAAACCAGCACUAAGGACAAAGCUGGAGUUUGACUCCGAUGAAACUGAUGAUAACGAGGAAGAUAUAAAGACACUGCUAGAGGAGAAAUAUAAGUUUAGAAAUGACGAGAUGUCAACAAGAUUCAGGAUUUCAAACGAGGACAAGAAAUCUCCAGAAGACAAGCACAUCGCCUGGGCGUUCCGCUCCUACGCUGUCCGCCGCAUCGUCGGUGGCAUGGAGACCAGUAUUAGCAUGUACCCUUAUAACGUGGCCAUCUCCAGAAACGGCAAACACUGGUGUGGUGGCUCCAUCAUCGAUGAGCAGUGGGUCCUGACUGCUGGUCAUUGCUUUGAAUCAGCAUUCGACGGUAGCAAGAAAAAGCUGCAACCGUUCAUAGUUAGAGCUGGAAGUUCGUUCCACAAUCGAGGGGGUUAUCAAGCCAGAGUGAACAAGGUGUUUUUCCCGAAAGAUUAUACACCUGGCAGUGCUGAUUUCGAUUAUUCUUUGUUACGAUUGGACAGACCAAUGCCUAUCGGACGAAAUAUAGCUGUGCUAAACCUACCUUCCAAAGAGUAUACCGUGAAAGAAGAGGACCUUCUUAUAGUCACUGGAUGGGGAAGCACCGAUGAGUCGGGUUUCGGCCACAUUCCGGACCGGUUGCGGUUCGUCCCAGUGCCCGUGAUGAAGAUCAAUGAAUGCCAGAAGUCGUACCGGUUCUACAUCACCCCGAGGAUGCUGUGCGCGGGAUACGCUACCGGCGGGAAGGACGCUUGCAAUCACGAUUCCGGUGGCCCAGCGGUCCGCGACGGCGUUUUACUCGGUAUAGUCUCCUUCGGCGGCAAGCAGUGCGGCGACCCCAGGUCUCCAGGGGUCUACAGCCGAGCCUCCGAGGUCACCCCCUGGGUGGAGGACACCAUCACUGCCAACGAAGCAUACACGGUGCCAGAACUGCUGCCCAAGAUAAAGAAGGCUAGACAGAGGGAAAAAGAACUGCAAAAGUUCAAAGCGCGGGUUGAAGAUAAGAAGAACAAAAUCAAGAACUGGCUCCGUGAGACUCUAAAAUCGCCUUCUUUCAUUGCACUCGCAAAGAAGAAACUGAAAGAAGCAGGCCUUCGCACUCGUCGCAGUUAUGCAAUCAGAGAAACCAAUAACAGUGCUCUAGAUGAUAAAACGAUUGAUGAAAUUUAUCUUUCGAAUAUGAUCAAUGAUUGGAUACUAGAUGAUGGUAGCAGCGAGCCAGAGAAACUUCUAAGGGCACUUGCUUUACAAGAAAUUAUGCUAAAUGAGAAUAGUGAAGAAGAAUCAAUAGCCCGAGCGAGCACUAGUAGUGAGAGUGCUGAGACACUAAUAGCUGUAAUAACUGGCAAAUAAUAAAAAACAAACAGAAUAA